UACUCUCAACACCUUGGUUUCCAGUCAGGCUCCAGGAGGUGAGAAUUCCCAAGUGGUGCUGCUGAGUUGUGGCUGGGUCUGAUCACAGAGGCAUGCCCCUGGCCAUGGUGCUGGCUCUGUGGACAGUACUUAGUGCCCUUCCCCUACAUUCAGAUUAGGUGAGCUGAUGAGUGGAAACAUACAUAUGGUCCACCCUCCAGAUUCCAUUUGACAGAUGAGGAAGCUGAGGCCCAGAGAGGGGAAGUCAUUUGCCCUGGGUCACACAACACCAGCAGUGGCUAAGCUAGACCAGGGCCCAGGCCUCCUGAAUCCUAUUCUCUGGGUGGGUGUCUCUAGCCCUGCAUAUUACACCUAUGCCCUUGCCUCAGUUUCCCCAUAUGGAGGGCAGUCUCUCAGCUCUUCUUUCCUAGAUGCUGCUCCUGAUACCAUAGCCCCUGCAGGAAUAAUCCCGUACCUGGGGCCAGCUCAUCUUCAACCCAGACCCUCCUACAGAGCUGUUAACAGUUACGGGCGCUCCCUCCGGGCAGGGCACUGUAAUGAGACCUUUACGUGCUCAACUCAUUGUCUCUGCUGACAACCCGAGGCGGGAGAGAGACCUAUGAUCCCUGCUUUACUGCUGAAGAAACCAAGGCCCAGAGAGGGGGCAUGUGCCCAAGGUCAGGACUGGACCAGUUUGCAAUGCCACCAGCCACGUAUGACAGUACCGGUCUCACCAUGCCCACAGCAACUUUGGGUAACCUCCGUGGCUAUAGCCUGGCAACCCCGAAUCUGACAGCCCCCAGCCUCACACCCCCCCAGAUGGCCACCCCAAACCUACAGCAGUUCUUUCCCCAGGCCACUCGCCAAUCGCUGCUGGGCCCCCCUCCCGUUGGGGUCCCCAUAAACACCUCCCAGCUCAACCUCUCAGGGAGGACCCCCCAGAAACAGGCCCGAACCCCCUCCUCCACCGUCCCCAAUCGCAAGGAUUCUUAUUCUCAGACGAUGCCUGUGGAAGACAAGUCAGACCCCCCAGAGGGGUCUGAGGAAGCCACAGAGCCCAGAACCAACACACCAGAAGGCCGAGUGUCUCCCCACUGUCCGGAUGGUAUCACUAAGGAGAAACACACCCCAGCACCAGAGCCUGAGCCUUGUGGGACAUCAGAGCCACCAGCCAAGAGGUUGAAGAGCUCAGAGGAGCCCACAGAGAAGGGGACCCCAGGGCAGCUGCAGGCAAAGAUCCAGCCACAGGCCCGGAUGACAGUACCAAAGCAGACACAGACCCCUGAGGUGCUGCCUGAGCCACUGGAAGCCCGAGUGCUGCCACGCUUCCAGCCACAGGUUCUGCAGAUCCAGGCCCAGGUGCAGCCGCAGACUCAGCCACAGAUGCCACAAAUGGACACCCAGGUGCAGCUAAAGCUUCAGAAGCAGGCACAAACGCAGACCUAUCCAGAGCACUUAGUGCCUCAGCAGAAGCAGGUGCACGUGCAGCUACAGCUGCAGAAGGAGGCAGAGUCACAGGUGCAGCCACAAGCACAUUCACAGCCCCCAAAGCAGGCCCAGACACAGCUGCAGAGGCAGGCCCAGACACAGACAUAUCCACAGGUACAAACCCAGCUGCAGACACAAGCACAGCCAAGGCUCCAGCCACUGGAGCAGCCACUGGAACAACCACCAGUGCAGUUGCCAGUGCAGCCUCCAGAGCAGACCCAGGGGCAGCCUCAGGCCCAGCCACAGGUGUUGGUGCCAGCUGCGGAGCAAGCACCAGUUCCAGCUCAUGCCACAAUGCUGGAGAAGCUGCCUGAUACGGUAGAAACUGGAGGAGGCCUGGAGGAGACCUCGCUGGAGCCAGUGGGAACCCGAGUCCCCGAGGAAGAGAGCCAGGAGGAAUUAGCCAGUGGCCUGGAUGUGGGAGAAUGUGAUCAAAGAGCUAGAGAUUUGCUGGGGAUGUGGGGUGCCGGGGGCUCCCUGAAGGUCACCAUCCUGCAAAGCAGCGACAGCCGGGCCUUCAGCACUGUACCCUUGACAUCCGGGCCCCGUCCCGGCGACUCCACCUCCGCUACCCCCACAGCUGCCAGCACGUCCUCCAAGCAGACCCUCCAGUUCUUCUGCUACAUCUGCAAGGCCAACUGCUCCAGCCAGCAGGAGUUCCAGGACCACAUGUCGGGGGCCCAGCACCAGCAGCGGCUCGGGGAGAUCCAGCACAUGAGCCAAGCCUGCCUGCUGUCCCUGCUGCCCGUUCCCCGGGACGUCCUGGAGAGAGAGGAGGAAGAGCCUCCACCAAGGCGCUGGUGCAACACCUGCCAGGUCUACUACAUGGGCGACCUGAUCCAACACCGCAGGACACAGGACCACAAGAUUGCCAAACAGUCCCUGCGCCCAUUCUGCACUGUUUGCAGCCGCUACUUCAAGACCCCUCGCAAGUUUGUGGAACACGUUAAGUCCCAGGGACAUAAGGACAAAGCCAAGGAGCUGAAGAUGCUCGAGAAAGAGAUAGCUGGCCAAGACGAGGACCACUUCAUCACAGUGGACGCCGUGGGCUGCUUUGAAGGUGAUGAAGAGGAGGAGGAGGACGAGGACGAUGAAGAAGAAGAGAUCGAGGUUGAGGAGGAAUUCUGCAAGCAGGUGAGGACCAGAGAUAUAUCCAUAGAAGAGUGGAAGGGCUCAGAGACCUACACCCCCAACACCGCAUACGGUGUGGACUACCUGGUGCCCGUGAUGGGGUACAUCUGCCGCAUCUGCCACAAGUUCUACCACAGCAACUCAGGGGCACAGCUCUCCCACUGCAAGUCCUUGGCCCACUUUGAAAACCUGCAGAAAUACAAGGCAGCCAAGAACCCCAGCCCCACCACCCGGCCCGUGAGCCGACGGUGCGCCAUCAAUGCCCGGAACGCCUUGACUGCCCUGUUCACCUCCGGUGGCCGCCAGCCCCCCCAGCCCAGCACCCAGAACACGGCCAAAACCGCCAGCAAGUUGAUGGCCCAGUCCCCCCAGCCCCCACCACCCCGGCGCUCUACCCGCCUCAAAACCUGAUAGAGCUCCCUGGACCCAGCCUGUCUGGGUCCAGAGCUGCCAAUACAUUUUUUAGGUGUCUGCGUGGAAACUGUGACAUAGUUGGUAUUUUUACUCAAAAUCCAAUAAAAGAAGGUAGUUCGGC